GAGCCGGAAGCCGUCGGGGGGCGGCAGCGGUCCAGAGCGGACGCUGGCCUCCGGCCGCGAGGAAAACGCUCGUGACGUCAUGACGCCGAACGUGCGUCCGGUGCCGCGCCGCGCAGCAACAUGUCGCUUCAUGGAGAGGAGGAAGACUUGGAGUGGGAGCCCCCCACCGAGGCCGAGAUGAAGGUGAUCCAGGCCCGCAGGGAGAGACAGGACCAGAUCAGCAAAGUCAUGGGCGACUACCUCCUCAAAGGCUACAAGAUGCUGGCCGAGUGCUGCGACGUGUGCGGCACCAUCUUGCUGCAGGACCGCACGCACAAGAAUUAUUGUGUCUCGUGUCAGGAGCUGGACUCUGAUGUUGACAAGGACAACCCUGCCCUCAACGCGCAGGCGGCGCUGUCCCAGGUGCGAGAGCGGCGCCUGGCGGCUCAGUCUCCGGCGUCGCCCGAUCCGGCCCACGUCAACGGCGACGCCGGCGGCCGCGGCGUGGCCGUCCCCCAGCCCCGACCCGAGCACUGCGAGGGGGCGGCGACGGGGGGCAGGGCCGCCCCUCCCGCGCCCCCGGCCCCGCCCGCGGCGGCCUCCCCCGCCGGCAUCAUCCCCGGGGGCGCCGGCGCCGCCCCGGGCUCGGCCGCCCCCCGGCCCCCGCCGCCCAGCGCCGCCUUGCGCCCGUUGCCCCGGCGUCCCGUGCUGCAGGACGCCGAGGAGGCGGUGCUGAGCAAAAUGCGCUGGGCCAGCAGCCAGCUGCAAACGUGCGCCUCCCUGGAGUCCAGCAUCCAGCUGUGCAACCUGAUCUCCAGCUGCGCCGCCACCCUGCGCAGCCUGCGGGAGAUCGGCCAAUGAGGGGCCUUUACCCUUUGAACUCUUGAGUGGGCGAGCCAGACCUCUGUUCUUUUUAUAAGUUAUUUUCUCUUUUCAAAUUGUUUGCCCAUUAAAGUGAUUCCGCCGA